UGGCUACACCAGAGACAACAUUGAGAGAGAGCUUUCUGCUGCUGUUUUACACUGAUUCAUUGAUUUACCUGCCUUAAUAAUUUCUUGAUAGUGUUUAUUCGGUUUCCUUAACUAUUAUUCCUUAAAGACAGAGGAGGAGUCUACUUGUAUAACACCUUUAGACUAAACUGAAGGCAAACUUCACUUGCUGAAGAUGGAGGUGAGAGGAGAGCGUAGGGGCUUCAUGGAAGCCGUAAGAUCCUUCUUUACUACCAUCAGAAACCGGAUUAGACAACGGAGAACACGGCAGAGAACUAAAAACUACCGGAUCUGUCGAAACCUGGCCAUGGCCAAGAUUGAGUCUGAGAAAGAAAGAAGACUGAAGAAGCAAGUGAAAUCUGGGUUUAAGGCCAAGAUGAGCAAGAGGAGCCACUCAGCUAACAUUACAGCUGAAGUGGACAGCGCUAAGAACAGGAUACAGGAGAAGGAUGGAGCACCUAGAGAUCUCAAGGAGAGAAUGCGGUCUGCUCUGCGGGCUUUUCAAGAGGGGCGCAAGCCACGCUGGGUGAGAGGCUGGAGAAAAAACAACAUGGAACCCCUGAACAUGGAGGAGAUUCAAGUUGGAGAGGAUCUCCAUGAGACUCAGACCGGAGAGGAUCUCCAGAAUCAGGCCAGAGAGAAUCUCCCUGACACUCAGGAUAGAGAGGAACUCCAUGAGACUCAAGCCGGAGAGGCUCUCCAUGAGAUUCAGAUGGGAGAGGAUCUCCAUGAGACUCAGACUGGAGAGAAUCUCCCUGACACUCAGGACAGAUGGGAAAUCAAUGAGACUCAAGCCAGAGUGGAUCUCCAUGAGACUCAAGCCAGAGUGGAUCUCCAUGAGACUCAAGCCAGAGUGGAUCUCCAUGACACUCAAGUCGGAGAAGAUCUCCAGACUCAGGCCGGAGAGGAUGUCCAUGAGACUCAGACGGGAGAGGACCUCCAUGAGACUCAGACGGGAGAGAAUCUCCCUGACACUCAGGACAGAAAGGAACUCAGUGAGACUCAAGCCGGAGAAGACCUCCAGACUCAAGCCAGAGAGGAUCUCUAUGAAUCAGCAAGCUGGGCUGUGACCUACGGCCACAUGUGGCAAGUAAUGGCCCAGCUAGGUGACUCUGUCAACUGCGGAGAGGACAUUUAUGCCACUCAGGCCAUGGAGGAUAUACAACCUGCUGAACCAGCAAGCUGGGUUAUGAACUAUGGCCAGAUGUGGCAUGGAAUGGCCCAACAAGAUGGCCCUGUCCUUUACAGAGAAGAUCUCCAGGCCACUCAGGCCGGAGACGAUAUCCAGGCUGCUGAACCAGCAAGCUGGGCUAUGACCUAUGGCCAGAUAUGGCAAGACAUGGCCCAGUAGAUGGCCCUGCCCUCUGCAGAAUGCUCAUCAUGAACUCUUUCUCCACAGAUCUGGAAGAAGACCUGCCAUCUUUCAUCAUUGUGAAGUGAACAGCCAAGAAACUGGCCAUUGAAGCUACCAUUCUUCAAGCAUUCAGCUUCCCUCAUUCAGCUGAACUGAACUUCAUUAUAUUAAAUUGUCAGUAUUGUCAUUGUUGUU